CUGAUUCGUUGAACGCGGCACGUGUAGAAUUACAACCAGUUAGCAAGUCCGAAACUUCUACAUUUCCUAGUUCAAUCUAAUAGUUGAACGCGGUAGAAGAUGCAGUCAACGAUAGUCAAACAGCCAUUGUUGAGUAAUUUUGCACAUGGGGUUCUAGUCUCAUUGAAUAUUUCAAGAAUUCUUGUCAAGAGUACAGCUGAUCAAGAACAUUGAUGACCAUCAGCUGAGAGCCUCUGACAGUGGCCUUGUUUAGUGACGUGCUGCUUCCACCCGUCUCCAUCCUUCUACCCUGGUCUCCAGUCCUGCACCCUCUACUUUGUUCUUGUCUCCACUCUAUCUUUCUGUCCUCAAUCCCUCCACCCUGGUCUCUGCCUCAACCCUCCACCUUAUUCAUACCCUCCCCGAACCAUCACCAUGGGGGCUGAGCAAGACACAGACACCAUUUUGACUGGCUCCAUGCGCAUGAAGCAGGAAAUCUCCCUGCUCCAAGGGGUCUGCCUCAUUGUGGGAAGCAUGAUCGGCUCAGGCAUCUUCAUCUCCCCCAAAGGGGUGCUCCUCUACACAGGCUCCUUCGGCCUGUCUCUGGUGGUGUGGGCCAUCGGCGGGGUCUUCUCUGUUUUCGGGGCCCUGUGCUACGCCGAGCUGGGAACCACCAUCCGCAAGUCUGGGGCCAGCUAUGCCUACAUCCUGGAGUCCUUUGGUGGCUUCGCGGCUUUCAUUAGGCUGUGGUCGUCCUUGAUGAUCGUGGAGCCAGCAGGCCAGGCUGUCAUAGCCCUCACCUUCUCCAACUACCUGGUGCAGCCCUUCUACCCCACGUGCUCAGCCCCCUACGAUGCUGUGAAACUCAUAGCAGCAGCCAUCAUCAGUCUCCUGACGUGUGUGAACUGUAUGAAGGUGAAGUGGGGGGCCAUUCUCCAGGUGGUCUCUACAGUAGCCAAGGUCCUGGCCCUCAUUGUCAUCAUCAUUGCUGGGAUGAUCAAGCUGGGACAAGGCCAGACGCAGAACUUUGAGGAUUUGUUUAAGGGUUCUAAAGUGAACCCUGGGGACAUGGCCCUGGCUCUGUACGCUGCGCUCUACUCCUACUCGGGCUGGGACGCACUCAACUUCAUCACUGAGGAGAUCAAGAACCCGAAGAGGAACCUCCCAUUGGCAAUAGGGAUCUCCAUGCCCAUCGUCACAGUGAUCUACAUUCUGACUAAUAUAGCUUACUACACCGUUAUGGAUGCUGGCACCGUGCUGGCCAGUGAUGCUGUGGCUAUGACUUUUUCUGAUUUGGUCCUGGGCUGGGCUCGGUGGCUGAUCCCCUUGUCAGUGGCCAUCUCCUGUUACGGAGGACUCAACUCCUCCAUCAUUGCUGUCUCCAGGCUGUUCUUCGUGGGCUCCAGGGAGGGCCAUUUACCCAACGUCCUCUGCAUGAUCCAUGUCGAGCGCUACACCCCCAUCCCAGCACUGCUCUUCAACGGAGGCAUGUCUCUGAUCUACCUGUGCGUGAAGGACGUGUUCCAGCUCAUCAACUACUUCAGCUUCAACUACUGGCUGUUCAUCGGCCUCUCCAUCGCCAGCCAGAUAUACCUCCGGUUCAAGGCUCCCAACAUGCCCCGGCCCGUCAAGCUCUCUCUGUUCUUCCCUAUAGUGUACUGCCUAUGCAGUGUGUUCCUGGUGGUAGUACCUCUCUACAGUGAUACCGUCAACUCUCUGGUUGGUAUCGGGGUGGCUUUGUCUGGAGCUCCAGUGUACUACAUCUGUAUCCACCUGCCCCCCUCCUCCAGGCCUGCCUUCCUGGGCAGGAUGCUCGAUGCGAUCUCCCUGAACACCCAGAAGCUGUGUCUGUGCUGUGUGGCCUCACGUGACCUAGACCUGGACAACAUCCCUGAGGAGAAGCUGGAGUGAGGGAUGAAAGGAGGUGUGGAGGGAUGGAGGUAGAUACUGAGCCAAAGGUGGAAACAGGCAGACCACAAUCACAGCUGCACUCCUUCUGUGCCAAUGAUGAACAUUUGUUUUGAAUUAAUUUUUUGCCAGGACUUUAUUAUUAAUAAUGUGUGACUUGCUUGUCCUAUGGGACUGUACAGUGUGUGUGUGUUCAGUGCUGAGGAAAGCCACUUUCUAGUGCCGGUGGACUCUGACAACCACAUGCAUGCAGCACAAUGUAGUUCACUCCUACUGGUUACACCUAUGGAGACGAUCAACCAUGGGAGUUUAACCAUUUAACAACGCAAGAAUAUCAAAUGGAGAUUUGAACAGGCCCUACUGACCAUUUAGGAGGAGUAGGUUUUCAUCAGCAGGACCUACUGAAUAAAGCUAGUGGAAAAUUGAUAUUUUUUAAAUAUUAAAUUAGUUAUUUGUUUUGAAAGAUGGAAGUGUCAGUCAAAGAUGCCCAUUCUGGCCAUACUUGCACUAGGCCAGGUGGUGUGUGUGCACAAACUGCCUGUCUGGUUGUUUACUGGUCAUUGAAGAUUUCUCCAACUUAGUGGCUGUCAAGUGACUGACUCAUGUACUAUAUGGAAACUGCCAUGGGUUGAGCCGUUAUGGCAUCAAAGUAAUGUUUAUUGGUGAAGCUGACAGACGGUGAAUUUUUAUUUUAUUUUACCUUUAUUUAACUAGGGAAGUCGAUUUAAGAACACAUUCUUAUUUUCAAUGAUGGCCUGAACAACAGCGCUUUACCUUGUCAGCUCGGGGUUUCGAUCUUGCAACCUUUCGGUUACUAGUCCAGCGCUCUAACCACUAGGCUACCUGCUGCCCCAGAAGAACAAAGUGGUCCAUAUUCUGUGACCACUUUGUAAUGUCCUUUUUUAUCUUCUUUAUUCCUCUCUACCAAACCAAGAUAAGAGAUUGUCUCUGACACAUGCUCAUUCUCAUAAGAAUAGAUUGCAUUUUCUCUUUACUGUGUUAUUUCUCACCAUUAAUCUGUCAGGUGAUAGUAAUUUAGUUACUGUUGCCGAUUGCCCAAUUUCGGCCUCACAUGGAUGCUAUCAUUCUAUUGGCCUUGCACACCAUGGCACACACAGGAAAUGUUACAAGAUCACCAGUUACUGACAUUGUUACAGCUGUUACCAUGGUUGCCCUAUUGAUGUCCAGAAAGGAACAUGUAGGCCUGUAGAUGACAUUGACUUGUAGCCUAUGCCCUUAUUACACCAAGCUGGCUCUCUAAGACAGCGUUGAAAUCACCAGCAGUGGCACGUUAACAGCACUUACUGAAUUUUGUGCUUGAUUUUAAGAUGUUACAUUUACUGACGUUUUCAUUUCAAACCAUAAGCCUAUCUGAAGAACCAAAAGGACAGUUGCUGAAAAUGUAGAAAGGAUGUGUUUCCAAUAAUAUACAGAGGACUGGUCUCAAUGUUUUUAUUUUAUUUUUUUGUAUAAAAAAAAUAUACCCAUGAGAUGGCGAUCCUAUUCAUGACCUCUCUGCCAUAGACUUGUCAUGGUGUCAUGCAUGUCUUGCUCUCUAUUGUUAUUUUUUUAUAGACCUAGAAAUCCAACAACAUGAAUUUGGUAGGAUUCAAUGCUGUAAAUAUGCACAUUCAUGCAAUUUGGAUGAACAUUUGAUGCAGCUUGCAGGAUUAGAGGAAUGCAACAUCUCCUUUACAAUGCAAUUCAUUGAGAAGCCCGAUCAAAUAUUAAAUCUACUGGCUGAGACAUAUUUGAUUUCUAUGCACCAUCUAGUGGUAGUUUUAUGAACUUCAGGUUGUUGAGAGCAAGUCAAUGUUGUGGAUCACUGUACUCUGGGCACUAGCAUCCAAAAGUAGUUGUUCUGAAUGCGCUGUCUCUUAUUGGUGUAUGCAUGUAUCUUGUCAUUGGAAAUUUGCUUUAAAGGGGCAAUCAGUAGUUUUAACUAUAACAAUGUGGCGCAGUGGUCUAAGGCACUGCAUCUCAGUGCUAGAAGUAUCACUACAGACACCCUGGUUCGAAUCCAGACUGUAUCUCAACCGGCCGUGAUUGGGAGUCCCAUAGGGUGGUGCACAAUUAUCCCAGCGCAUUCUGGGUUUGGGCCUGUAGGCUGUCAUUGUAAAUAAGAAUUUGUUCUUAACUGACUUGCCGAGUUAAAUAAAACGGGUACUCCCUGCCCCUGUUUUGGUAAAAAGCUGAGGGAGAAAUAUAGCCACUCAAAGGACUGCAAGGACUGACCAUCCAUGAUAUCAAAAUGACAGUCUUAACCAUUUUGAGGCCGUUUGUUUACAUUUACUUUGUUUACAAACAAAAUGUAAGCUUUUUCUCGGUUCUAAUGGUGAAAGUCAGUUGAACUAAGCUCAUCAGGCAUUUAUAAUUUAUAUUCUUCAAGAAUCAAUGGGUACAUAUCAUUAAUUUAUAAGUCUAAAAAUCGAUGUAGCAAUUGCAUAUUGACCCUUUUUAAUAAAUUAUCUAAUUCCAUCCAAAGCUGUUUACCAAGUCCUGUCACCUGUUAAUCAAAUCAAUUUGUUUGCAUUACAUGAACUGAAUGUGAAACAGAAACAUUUCCAUGGAUGUGUGACUGCUAUGUGAAUGUUUUUGGAGGUUUUUUUUUUGGUCACUUUUUAUAGUUCUCAGUGGUCAGGUGUACAUUUUUGAAAUUGUAAUAAUUUAGCAGAUGCUGUUUCAGAGUGACUGAAAUUGGCAAUUAGGGAUAGGUGCCUUGCACAUCGACAGAUUUUUCACCUAUAAAGCACAUUAAUCCAUUUUUACAUUUGGGAAUUAUUCUGGCCAGGUUAUGGCAGAGCCAAUAUGGACUGUGGUCGACCCGUGUCACUCGCUUUAUCAAUGUCACCCUUGGUGAUAUCGCUUUAUCAAUGCCACCCUUGGUGAUAUCGCUUUAUCAAUGUCACUCUUGGUGAUAUCGCUUUAUCAAUGUCACCCUUGGUGAUAUCACUUUAUCAAUGUCACCCUUGGUGAUAUCACUUUAUCAAUGUCACCCUUGGUGAUAUCACUAUCUUCAACUGCUGUUGGUUCACUUUCUGCAAUCAUUUUUACUCUACAUUACUGCAUAACUAUGGAUUCCAAGUACUGGUGACAUUUUAACAAAUGAACUCAUUAACUUCAAUCUGUCCAUCCACGUGACUGAAAUAUACAUUUCCUGUAUAGCAUGUUACUUUACAAAUCAAAGGUUUAACUUCACAAUGAGUGACUAGGUCCAUCACUAUACAUUACAGAACAACAGGCAUUUCUGUUUCAAUCUUUAGUAGGAAUAUUAUAUUUGGGUGUCUGAACUUGCUGAAUAAAAUAUCUCCCACAGGGGAAAUCAGUGGUGUGUACGUUUCUCUUGUUGUUCUUGUAAGAGUAUUAUAUGCAGCCAGAGUAUGGUUUUCACUUGUGCCUUUUGUAAAUGUGUUGUCUGCCAGACCAAAUGUAGGCCAUUUUUUAUAUUGUUGUGCGGCCUUCUAUGGCUGCGUUUCGCCAGACAGCCCAUUUCGGAUCCUUUUUCACCAAUUGGACUUUUGACCAAUCCUAUCAGCUUCUUUAAAAAAAUGUUUUUUUUUGCAGUAUUGUGCUGUCUGUUUAAACACAGCCUAGGAAGAUAUAUGAUGUGGGCGUGUUAGCCUGGUCGCACAUCGCUUUGUGCAGUCCUGCCAGCGGCUAUAGAACCAGGCUAUAGUGGUGUCCUUGACAUUGUUUCUCUCAUACCAAGAAGAGGAUCUUUGUAAUGACUGUUAUUUUGUUUAUCUGCAACAUCUUUACUGUCCAAAUGUUAAUAAAAAGCUGUGCACA